GCAUUCUCAGCCAAACCACGGAGCGGGACAGGUUGUAUUUGAGUCCUGUCAGUUACUUGUUUAGUAUCAAGUGUAAUUGCUAAUUGCAUCUUGUUUACUUAAUGUGUUAUUGCUUAAUGAAGCUGCCAGUGUGCAAGGCAUUGCGAGGUAAGCGCCCCACUUUCAAAGUCACCAACCCAAUCGGCCGAGCCCACACCACGAAGAUCGCCGACACCACCCCCUACCCCCCUGCUGGGCGAUUCUCGGAAAAGGAAGGGGCCCACUGCUCGGCCGAGACUGGAGCCAAAACGAAAGACAGUCCAAAUGCCACUGAAGCAGCUCGAGGGGAUACCACACUAGACUGGUAUGGACGCGAGGACACACAGCCGACUUCAGCGUAUGGGACUCCGAUGAGGAAGUUGAUUAAACACAAACAUGAAUAUUUCUGGAUGGCAAUAAAGGGAGAGCGUUACUUUUCCGUUGCGACUGUUGAUGCCGAAUUCUGGAUUGCAGAUUUUGAGAUGGACUGCGAUAAAACGAACAAGGGAUGGUUUGAGUAUAAGGGGUUCCUAGCGGAAGAAGGAGUUCCAAGCUGGGAUGGCACAACGACUCGCAAGACAUGGGAACAACUGACAGGUGUCCAGAACCACCUGGGGAAAUGUGGCAGCUACAACUACGUGUCGUGGGGUAAUGACGAGUCCUGCUUAAUCCACCCACUACGACGGCGGCACGAGCCACCUGUCGUCGUCCCGUUACUGACGCCCAUCACGGUGAUGCCUCUCCCUCUUCGUCUCCACUGAUCUAGCUUGUACCAGGGCUCGUGCUUAUAAAAACGUUAGAGUCCAGGGCCCAGUUUCACAAAACAUCGUAAGCCUAGUUCUGCACGUAAACGUAAAUCUACGACUAAACCAUAAUUCUUAUUACUGUUAUAGUUCAACAAAUAUAGUUUUAAGUACA